AUGUUGCAAAAUUCUGUGCAGUUUGAUGGGAAGGAUCACGAAGAUCCAGGUCAGCACAUCGCAUCAUUUCUCGAAGUGUGCUCGACUUUCAAAAUUAGAGACGUUUCUGAAGACGCAAUCCGUUUGCGGCUCUUUCCAUUUUCUUUGCGAGACAAAGCCCGAUCUUGGCUUUUGUCACUUCCAGCAGGUUCCAUCACGACUUGGAACGAGAUGGCCGAUCUUUUUAUGCAAAAAUAUUUCCCGCCGGAAAAGACAGCUAAGCUUAAAAACCGUAUUAUGACAUUCAAACAGGACGAAGGCGAAUCUCUACACGCAGCUUGGGAGAGGUCCAAAGAUCUUUUGAUCGAUGUUCCACAUCAUGGGUUGUCCAAAAGACAACUUGUGUUGAAUUUCUACCAAGGACUCAACUACGACUCACAAGAACGUUUAGAUGUAUAUGCAGGAGGCGAUCUUGGAACAAAAACACCCAACGAAGCCUAUGCAAUCAUAGAAAAAGCUACCUUGAAGUCGAGUUCUCAUCACGGUGGAGUGCGAACCAAAGCAUCAUCUAUUCCUGGAGUUCAUCAAGUGGAUACAUAUACGGCUCUUGCAGCACAAAUUGGAGCUUUGGCAGCAAGAUUUGAUCAAGCUCAGAACGUUUCGCAAGUACAAUCAUCAUGUGAGCUGUGUGGAGUGUCACACGAGCCAGGUACAUGUGAGCAGGGUGUUAUGUUUACAUGCCACGAAGAGGUGGACUAUUUGGGCAAUCAAAUUAGCCCCCAAAAUAACCCCUAUAGCAACACGUACAAUCCGGGUUGGAGGAAUCACCCAAACUUUGGGUGGAAAGCCAAUUCCAGUAACCAAAACCCACUCGGAUAUGCUCAACGCGCUCCCACACCACAACAGUCUCAGGGGCAAUCUUUUCAGCCAUCAGGGCGAACUUUUCAACCAUGUUACAAUAAUUUAGGUUCAGGAAGCACUUCCCAGCCUCAAACCUCUCAAACCAACUCAAAACUAGAAGAGAUGAUGGCGCAGCUGUUAAACAACUCCAACAAUGCCAAUCAAAUAUCUGAAAAGCGAUACAAGCAGCAUGAGGAACGUUUCAUGGCUCAAGAAGGGGAAAUGCGGAGCCAGAAGGCUUCAAUUCAAACCAUAGAGAAUCAAGUCGGCCAAUUAGCCAAAAUGUUGUCUGAAAGACCACAAGGUAGUCUUCCAGGUAACACAGAACCAAACCCGAGAGGGCACGUUAAUGCAGUAAUGACGAGGAGUGGUAAAGCCACGGGACCUGACAAAUCGGACUCACCACCGAUCACUGAUACGGUCCAAACUGACGCUUCAGACGAGGUGCACGCUAGGCGAGUCCCAGCAAGUACAGCACAGUUUCAGGAGCCAGUUAAAGAUUUCAUUCCUCCUGUCCCAUAUCCAAGCAGAUUGAAGAAGCAAAAGAACGCUGAGCAACAUGGUAAGUUUUUAGAGAUGUUUAAACAAUUACACAUAAACACACCAUUUGUUGAGGCGUUGGCUCAAAUGCCUAAAUACGCAAGGUUCUUAAAAGACAUCCUCACAAACAAGCAGAAGCUGGAAAGCUUGUCUUGUGUGUUGAUGAACGAAAACUGUUCAGCCCUUCUCCAAAACCGUUUACCUGAAAAGAUGGGAGAUCCGGCCAGUUUUACUCUUCCCUGUCUCAUUGGCAGUAUGUCUGUCAGUCACGCAUUAUCCGAUUUAGGAACUAGCAUAAACCUUAUGCCAUAUAAGGUCUUUGCUAAAUUAGAUCUGGGUGAACCUUCACCCACUAGAAUGAGCAUUCGACUUGCAGAUCAUUCGAUCAAGUAUCCACGUGGAUUCGUUGAAAACAUGCUUGUUAAAAUAGAUAAAUUUGUUUUCCCGUGGAUUUUGUUAUUCUCGACAUGGACGAAGACUCAAAAGUGCCAUUAA